AUGUUGAUGUCUAAACACCAGGUCAUCUUGGACACACUCGGUAUAGAGUCGAACUGGCAAGUAAUGCAGCUGUUGACCCUCAACUUCUCACGUACGGAGCAUAUCGUCACGUGCCACGGCAGUACGCUGCUCCCUCAGUUCCUGGCCAUGUACAGAAUCACCGUGGAGAGCGAGGACACCUACCUGCUAGUAAUGAGGAACAUGUUCAGCCACAGACUGCACGUACACAGGAAGUACGACCUCAAGGGGUCUCAGGUGUCUCGUGAAGCAAGUUUUAAAGAGAAGAUGAAGGAGCUUCCCACUUAUAAAGAUGUAGACUUCAGGAAUAAGAUGCAAAAAGUGUAUGUGAGCGCCGAGGAGAGGGAAAAGAUCAUGGACAAACUGAACAGAGAUAUCGAGUUUCUGGUGCGUAUGAAGAUCAUGGACUACAGCCUGCUGCUGGGCAUCCAUGAUGUUGAGCGGGCCGAGAGGGACGAGGGGGACGAGGAGGACACGGAGUCGUCCUAUGAAGAGGAAGAGGUGGAGGAAAACGGCCUGGCUCACGCUCCGUGCUCCACCUCACCUGAGGGUAUCGGGGGCUACACGAACUCCUUCAAACCGAUGGGCCCUGGCGAGUUCGACCCUUACGUGGACGUGUACGCUAUUCAGAGUGCUGUGGAUGCACCGCAGAGGGAGGUGUAUUUCAUGGGCCUGAUUGACAUGCUGACACAGUACGACACCAAGAAGAAGGCUGCUCACGCUGCCAAGGCUGUCAAACACGGGGCAGGAGCAGAAAUCUCCACAGUUCAUCCAGAGCAGUACGCUAAACGUUUCCGGGAGUUUAUCACUAAGAUCUUUGCUUAGUUCAAUGAUUCAGUAGACUCCCGUCCUCAUGUUAUACAACAGGAGUCUCAUUACGCAAUACUUAUGCAAUCUAGAACCAAAUGAAGACACACUGAACUUGUAUUGUUAAUUUUUAAAUUAUCUACAUAUCUUUUACCCUUAAUAAUACUAUGAACUGAAGGACUGUGCAUUCAUUUUGAAUGAAGAUCAGGCUUUGCAUUCAGGAGUAAAUGUCUUCUUGGCAUCUGGUCUUUUUUAAUGGGUUUUCUUUUGUUUUCAUUUUUUGGCAAUACUCCAGCCCCCAUCACAGAAGAAAAGCUGAAAUGAUGAUAAAACAUAUUAACACAAUAAUUGUGGCAAUUCUCUUUUGCUGCUGCAAGUAUGUAAAUUUUGUUCUUGAUUAUUAAUUUAUGUCUGCCUAUUUUUUCUACUAGUGACAACACAUUGCAACACAAGAAUAAUUUGGGCAAAUAUACACAGUCUGAAUUGGGAACAAUGCAUUAUUCAUCUCAUUGUCAGCCCCAAUGUGUGAUUGAAGCUUGUAAUAAACAAUGUUAUCUUACUAAAAUGUUGCCAUAUGCAAAAAUGUAAAUGAAUAGCACUAAAACAAUGAUUUAAAGAACUGCCAGCUGUUGAACAUUGCCUAAUACUGACAGCUUUUUAAAGGGCCCAUG